AUGGCAACUGAUAAAGUUCUUUUACGCCACUGUAUUUUAUACGAAUUUCAACAAGAAAGAAAUGCUACAGAAGCAUGUAGAAAUUUAUUGAAAGUGUUUGGUACAGUUUCUGAUAGGACAUGUAGAAGAUGGUACGAAAAAUUUGAAACAGGUGAUUUCGACCUUUCUGAUAAGCCACGUUCUAGGCGACCAUCUUUGAUCGACGACGAUGUUGUUAAGGCAAUGUUGGAGCAAAAUCCUUUUCUAACAACAUCGGAGAUCGCAGAAAGACUUAAUUCAUAUUGUCAGCAACUGGAUAAUUUAAAGAUAGCGGUCCAAAAAAAGAGGCCGGCAAUGUUCAAUAGGAAGGACAUCAUAUUGCACCACGAUAACGCCAGAUCACACGCUGCUUUAGGAACUCGUCAAAAAAUUGCAGAAGUAGGCUGGGAAAUUCUGUCGCACCCACCAUAUUCUCCGGACAUAGCACCCUCUGAUUAUCACUUGUUUUUAUCCUUACAAAAUUUUGACGGGCAAAAAAUUCAAAAAUGA